GGCACUGCGCCUGCGCUCCCUCACUUUUGUUGACGUGCGCGCGUGCUGCCGCUGGCGACUCCGGGUUGCUGAGGGGGCGGUCGGGUGUCCCCUCGCGCUCGGCCAUGUCUCACGGGCACAGCCACGGCGGGGGCAGCUGUUGCCAUGGCAACGACCACGAGGAGCCUCCUGAGCGGCGAGGCCAGGCCUGGGGCCUUUACCUGCGCAUCGACCGCGACCGCCUGGAGUGCCUCAACGAGCGGAGGGAAGGCAGCGGCGCGCUCGUCUUCCGCGCCUGGGAAGACCGUGGGGAUAGGCAGAAGUUUGUAGAAAGUGAUGAUGACGAAGAGCUCCUAUUUAAUAUUCCAUUUACAGGCAAUGUGAAAUUAAAAGGAGUAAUUGUGAUGGGAGAGGAUGAUAAUACGCACCCCUCAGAAAUGAGACUGUUUAAGAAUAUUCCUCAUAUGUCCUUUGAUGAUACUGCCCGAGAACCGGAUCAGAUCUUCAGCCUGAAUCGUGAUGUUUUAGGAGAACUAGAAUAUCCCACAAAAAUUGCUCGCUUCUCAAAUGUUUAUCAUCUCUCCAUCCACUUCUCCAAGAACUUUGGUGCCGAGGCAACAAAAAUCUUUUACAUCGGCCUAAGGGGAGAAUGGACAGAACCUCAUCAACACGAAGUGACCAUCUGUAACUAUGAAGCAGCAGCAAACCCGGCCGAUCACAAACUUGAUCAGAUCACGCCACAGACACACUUCAUUUCCUAACUGGGAAGGCUUGUGCAUCAACAGAACGCUUGGGUAGACUUGGGAAGAUGUUGAACAGUUGAAGCUAAAAAGGAUGGUGUGGCUAUUACUGUUUUUGGGUGAGAUGUACGCCUGUGGUUUUGGAAGGAUAAGAGUAUCAAACGCUUGACAAGAUAUAUACAAAAUUACACUAUUGCUAAGAUCAAUUGUAAAAGUUGAUCUUAAAAUCAUUAACUCUUCCUGGCCUUUACCAUGAUUGUCUUGGCAAUAUCUUUCUAAAAUAAGUGAUUUUUUUGUUUAGUUGCUGCUACUUUUCUUGCUGGCAUAUGUAAGGGAUGAGGCUAUUGGGUGGUGGCACAAUAAUCUCUAGGACUUUUUUCUGGUUUUUGACUAUAGUUUUGGUAUAUGAAUAUGAAAUGUUUCUGGUGGGCUCUUGGCUAAUUUUCAGUGUAUAUUUCUCCAGCAUAAUACUGACUGGGCUGUGCACCAAAGUGCUUCAGGGAUUGCCAUAAGCAUAAUUCAAUAGCUGUCUUGCUGAUGCAUAACAAUGCCAGUUGUGAGUUUAAAACCUAGAAAAUAUAAAGAUUUAUGAAUUUAUCUUGUCUAAAAUGCAACUUUUUGUAAAUAAAUAUGGCAAAGUAUCUAUCCCUUGACUA